UUUGUUUUUAUUGCUCAGUUGAUGAAAAAAAUAUUGGGAUUGACGAAUAUAUUGUCACAUUUCUUGCAACAAAAAGAUCAAAAUAUUCUGGAGGCUGUGAGCUUAGUUAAAAGCACUAAAGCUAAAUUUCAAGACUUGAGAGAAAGUGGAUGGGAUGGUCUCUUGGAAGAUGUCAGUAGCUUUUGUGUCAAGAACAAAAUUGACAUUCUUAACAUGGAAGAGACGAAUCAUCGUUCUAGACGUGUUCGUCACCCGGUAACAAAUUAUCACCACUUUCGUGUUGAUAUAUUUUGCCAGGUUAUUGACCAGAUCAGUCUUGAGAUGGAGAAUCGCUUUAGUGAGUCAAACACAGAAUUACUCACUUGCUUAGCAUGUCUUGAUCCUAGAGAUAAGUUCUCCAAUUUCUGUGAGUCAAAGCUACUGAACCUUGCAGAGUUAUAUUCAUGUGAUUUUUCAUCUGUUGACCGAAUGGAGCUGAAAGA